AAUCUCAACUGAAUUUCACCAGAAUUUCGUUCCUGGCUGACCGAGACUUUUCUGCUUUCCGUUUAAACCUAAGCCCCCCAGUACCAAACCAUUCUUCUCUGUAAAUACACGAGGGAGAGAGCCACAACGCCUCAUCACACACACAAACCCAUCUCUUCCAAACCCUCAAAGAUAUUAGAAGAUGGCCGAAGGUGAGGAUAUCCAGCCUCUUGUCUGUGACAAUGGGACAGGAAUGGUCAAGGCCGGAUUUGCUGGAGAUGAUGCUCCAAGGGCUGUGUUCCCCAGCAUUGUUGGACGCCCUCGUCACACUGGUGUGAUGGUUGGCAUGGGCCAGAAGGAUGCCUAUGUUGGUGAUGAGGCUCAAUCCAAGAGAGGUAUUUUGACCCUAAAGUACCCGAUCGAGCAUGGAAUUGUCAACAACUGGGAUGACAUGGAGAAGAUAUGGCAUCAUACCUUCUACAAUGAACUUCGUGUGGCUCCAGAAGAGCACCCAGUACUUCUCACUGAAGCUCCUCUUAACCCAAAGGCUAAUCGUGAGAAAAUGACACAAAUCAUGUUUGAAACCUUCAACACCCCUGCCAUGUAUGUUGCCAUUCAGGCAGUUCUUUCCCUUUAUGCCAGUGGUCGUACAACAGGAAUUGUUCUUGAUUCUGGAGAUGGUGUGAGCCAUACAGUUCCCAUUUAUGAAGGUUAUGCCCUUCCACACGCAAUCCUGCGUCUUGAUUUGGCAGGGCGUGACCUGACAGACCACCUGAUGAAGAUAUUGACAGAGAGAGGCUAUUCUUUCACCACUUCUGCGGAGCGUGAAAUUGUGAGGGACAUGAAGGAGAAGUUGUCCUACAUUGCCCUUGACUAUGAACAGGAGCUAGAAGCAUCGAAGACCAGCUCAUCUGUUGAGAAGUCCUACGAGCUCCCUGAUGGGCAGGUGAUCACCAUUGGUAAUGAGCGGUUCCGCUGCCCAGAGGUUCUGUUCCAGCCCUCGAUCAUUGGGAUGGAAGCUGCUGGCAUUCAUGAGACCACCUACAAUUCUAUCAUGAAGUGCGACGUGGAUAUUAGGAAGGAUCUGUAUGGAAAUAUCGUCCUCAGUGGUGGUACCACCAUGUUCGGGGGCAUUGCUGAUAGAAUGAGCAAGGAGAUCACUGCAUUGGCUCCAAGUAGCAUGAAGAUCAAGGUUGUUGCUCCACCUGAGAGGAAGUAUAGUGUUUGGAUCGGUGGAUCUAUUUUGGCCUCCCUCAGUACUUUCCAGCAGAUGUGGAUUGCAAAGGCUGAGUAUGAUGAGUCUGGUCCUUCCAUUGUCCACAGAAAAUGCUUCUAAGUACUGCAUGCUGGCGAGGGCGAUGGAGAGGUUACAGGAUGUCUUAGGGAGAUUUUUUCUCAUUAAAUUGAUUGCGGACUAGUGCUGCUGCUUCUUAUUUGUUUCUUUUUUCUUCUUUUUCUUUUACACAUUACUCGGUAUCUUUCUUCUGUUCCUCUUUUUUGUUUUUGGCCGAGUUUUUGAAGGUUUGAUCAGCGGACAUAGGAACAAAGUCAUGCCAAAGUUUUAAUGUUGAUUUUCAUGGGAUUACUAUGUAAGAAGAGUUGUGUUCCUUCUAAAUGUUGCUACCUGUUUUGGUUUUUGAUAAAAAUGGUGUUUCUUGAAUAUCAAAGUAUUGUCAUAUGA